AUGACUCUUGAGGACUGGUCACUGUCCGUGGCUGGUCUGGCCUGUGCCACAUCCUGUAUCGGAAAGUCGAACAAGAACAAGAGGAACAGAGAAGCUACCGUGGGACGGUUGAUCGAAGUGUUCGAUUACAUCGAGGAUUCGUUGGAGGCGCUCGUCCGCUCGGCUGUGGACCCUGUCAUUUUCGCUGCUGCCCUAGACAUGGAAGCAAUCCUGACCCUCGUAGCGACCAACAUCUCCAACAUGAUCAACCUCGACCCUCGCCUGGAAGCGCAUGUCUUCUCAUCCCCGAUCCUUACCAACAUCGUGCUCCGGAUGUGGACGAUGCGGAAACCGGACAACGAGGGAGAGGUGUAUCUCAACUACAGCCCCGAUCCCGACGGCGUCGACAUCCUCGACCUCGUCGCGAACUACCUUUCGAGACAGGAUGGCGUCAAUACCAUCACUUUGGCGCUCCUUUCUUCGAGAGUGAAGUUACGGGAGUUUGCGAAUGCUUUUGUUGCGAGGCUCGUCCAGCUCGCGCAGAACCCGCCACCGAGCACCGCGGAUGCCAUCUCCGGAAGAUCGAGGCACUUUUCACGGUUGUAUACCAUCGCUUCUGCUCUUGCGAAGGACCUCACGAUCUAUGGAGCGUUGAGGAGGGCUGGAUUCCUCCAGUGCUGGGCUCAGUCGCUGAGUAUUCUCCUCGCCAAUCCCCGACCGCGGGACUUCAAUGCGUUGGUGCUGAUAUCGCAUGCUUUCCUCCUCGCCUGGGACUCCAAGGGUGACGCGGUUUCUGCGGUCAGGGACGUCCUGGAGGGUGGAAUCAUCGACCCACUCGCCAAAGCCCUCUCGGUAGUCCGUCUAGGCGGUGACCUCGAAAAGAUCAACACUGCGAAACUCCUUAUCGUCAAGCUGGCGGAAUAUUCGUUCUGCCCGCGGACGCUGAGUGUGAUGGAUAUGCAAAUGCUCAAGGUUGGGAAAACUGUGCAUCAGCAGAUUGAGGAGAAGAAGGAGGUGGGGGAGCGGUGGGAGGCUUUGGUCAGUACGCUGGAGUGGAGGAAUAUGAUACGGAGGUUGACGUCGAAGAUGAAAUUGAAUAUCUGCGAUAAUGCGAUGCAUCCUCAUGACUUUGAGGAUCGUGCAUAUCUGAAGGACGGUCACGUACCGUUCAAAGGAUGCAGUGACUGCCACAUGGUAAUCUACUGCAGCAAGAAAUGCCAGCUAGAAGACUGGCGAAACAGACAUCGAGACGAAUGUAGCGAUAUGAGGAGAGCGUACAUCGACAGCAAGAACUCGAAGCGACGGUACCAUCAGUCGACGCGAGACUACCACGUCAAAUUCACAGAGUGGAUGUUCAACAAGUCCCAGAUGUCCAUCGACAUAAGUCUGAUGGAGAAAGGACUGCAGAACACCCAGGUCGUUACUAUCUCAGACUCCAGCAGAGGCCUGAACAUACGCUCUCUGGAUCACCGGACGUGGCACGAGUACUACAGCUACAGGCUGCCGUCCCUGUGUCCGGCGAUCGAUAAACGGGCGGACGACAUGAUCGAGGAAUUCAAGCGCAAUGGGACGGAGACGAGCUACCUCAUGGACACUGCCUUCACGAAUGGGCCAGAAGAGGCGGUUUCGGUCUUGGUGAGGUUGGAGAGGUAUUAUGAUAAGUUGACGAAGGGACCGCGAUGGACGGCUAUUCAGAGUGUUGCAAGAGUAGUGAAAACUCAAACGGGAGUGUUCCCCGGACGCUCAGAACUGUUCACAGAGAGGCCUGGGGUCCCAAGUCGAUUCACUCGCCGGCGAUAA